AAGAGAGAUUCCAAUUUUGUUUUUGUAAUUCACUCGACGACUCAAAUUGCUCUUGUUUCGAUCAUCUUUAUGCAAGAACUGAGGUUUGAUUUAUGUUUGGGGCAGGCACUGUCACUUAAUGGCGUCAUCUGAAACUAAAAGCUACGCAAGGAGAGAUCGUCUUCUUGAAAUUGAGGUAGCAGUUCGAAAAUGGUGGGAAGAUGAUGAAGUAUUCAAAUCUGAAUCUCGUGAGAAUCUUCCUAAGCCAGAAGAAAAGUUCUUCUCCACUUUUCCUUUCCCUUGUAUGAAUGGUUAUCUACACACUGGCCAUGCCUUCUCACUCUCUAAGGUUGAUUUUGCUUCUGCUUACCAUAGACUAAGAGAUGCCAAUGUGCUUCUUCCUUUUGGUUUCCACUGUACUGGUAUGCCAAUUAAGGCUUCUGCGGAUAAGCUUUCUCGUGAGAUUCAACAGUUUGGUAACCCUCCUGUGUUCUCUGCUCAAGAUGAUACCAUCAAGCAAGCUCCUGAAACUCAGGAGGAGAGUUGUGAUAUGCUGAUAAAGGAGGCACUUAAGAAUGGGUUUUACGACUUACAAGCUGCACGAGAUGAGUAUGGACUCUCUUGUGGCAGUGGCGGUAUGAACCAUGAUUUGAUACUGCACUUCAUGGAUGUGCAAACACACCUCAUUGAACCAAUCCGUCCCCAGUUUGCAGAAUAUGUAUGGAGGAAACUUUUUAAGAAGGAAGGUUGUGUGGUAACAGCAGGCUGGCCUACAUCAGAUGAGCCAGAUUUGGUUCUCAAGAGUGCUAACAAAUAUUUGCAAGAUUCUAUAGUCUUAAUGAGAAAGCUUCUACAAAAACAGCUCUUAGAGAUACUUGCAGAACGAAGGGAGAUAUUGCAGAAGGAGGGACAAUCAGAAAACUUUAAACAAAUUCAGAAGCUUUGCAUGCCUUUCCUUAAAUUUAAGAAGGACGAGGCAAUAUCUAUUGGCCCUCAGGCUCUAAAGUUGAGGUUGCCUUUUGGAGAGAUUGAAGUCCUUCAGAGUAACAUGGACUUGAUCAAGCGGCAAGAGAAUCCUCCAUCUCCGGGCAAUCCAACUGCCAUCUUUGUGACCAGGCACCAUUCCAUCAUUUCUCGUAUAGCCGAUUGGGAAGGCAUUAAGAAGUCACGUUCAGUUCGAGAGUUUGACAACUACGCCACCAGACUUGUUGCCAAAUUCGAUGGCAAACAAAACAUAGUUCUGGCAACCACAACACAUGGUGGUCAUCUUGCUUACUAUGAAGGGAUGACAGCAACAAGCAUGUGGUGGGCAAGGGCUGUGCAAGAAUAUUUUGAAGUGCUACUCUCCAGCCCCUUUGCAGACAGAAGACGGAAGAUGCAGAUCAUCCCCGAACCAGUGGGAUCUUUGAUUGAUCAAGGACCAUUCGUGGAUGCUAGAGAAGACAGGAUGGUUGUUGCUGCAAGUGAAGUGGACACAAGAAGAGCUGAUGCAGAACAAGAGGAUAGUGCUCAAAUUGAUGAAAAGACAAGUAAUCAUCCACAUAAGGUCAAUACUCCACAAGUUUAUAGCAGUUUACUUGGUCCUUUGAAGAAGAGGGUGGAUGAGCUUUCGAGAUACAGCCGGAAGUCGAUUUGGCUAUUGGCAUACAUUGCUAUAGUAACGACGUGGCCACUUCUAGGACCUGCAUUGUUGUUAUCAAUCAAGAAAAGAUUUAGGGAGAUCAUCGAAAAAUAGAAAUCAUAUUCCACUACUAGUGCAAAGUAACUAUAUAGAAGAUGACUUAUGCCGUUAAUACUUUUUCUUGUAACCUACUUGAGAAUAAGCCUGCAAUAAGCUAUUCGCCGUCAAUAUUAUACAAAACUCUCUCAGGACUUUACCAUCUCAACAUCAAGAUGCAAAGAACAAAGUAGUGUGCAUAGAUUAGUUUUCUUGUAUGAGAUUGUAGGCUUAUAAAAGCUAAGUAAUCAA